AUGGACGACCUGCGGGUGCUGUGGAUGCGGGACCGCGUGUACGCGGCCUUCGGCCUCACAGACCCCCAGCUCUUCGAGGAGCUGCUGAGCCGCGACGACGGCGAGGUCGAGGACCUCAUCCUGCACUUCCUCAACCAGACGCGGGAGGAGGAGGGCGCCUUGACGCUCUUCUUCUACCGCCAGGUGCUGCCGGUGGAGGCGGAGGCGGAGACCGGCAAGUCUUCUCUCUGCUCGCAGCUGAAAGUACAUGAAUGGAGACAACUAGAUGCCGGCGCGGGCCAGGUCCCCGCUGCGCCCGGAGGGGUGGGGGCGGAGGAGCAGGGGCAACAGGUGGAUCGGGUGAUGGGCCAGCCACGUGUUGCUCUUUUCUUCCGCGCUGGCGGCGGCGGCGGCGGCGAGGACGAGACGCUCGAGGCCGAGGCCGGCGAGGGCGCAGAGGAGGACGCUCAGAAGGCCGAGUUCGAGGCUAAGAGAUUGCAGCUGAGAAGCGAGUCCACAAAUCGGUCUAUAUCAGGCAUCAGGGCUGACCAAGUGGAUGAAGAGAGUUUAGAGAGCUUCCCCAUCAAGAGAACCGUGAAGCACGUCAUGGAAAAGACCUGUCUCGGGGUGGUCUGCGGCCCCAUCCCGGAGGGGCUCCUGGGCGCGAACGUGGUGUACUUCCUCCGCAACACGAAAGAGAUGAUCUCUGAAGCGACCGACAUGAAGGAAGCCCUGGAGAUCAUGCCCAGGACCCUGGAGUACGGGGUCGUCAAUGCCAAUGUCCUCCACUUUCUGAAGAAUGUCAUCUGUCACGUGUUCAUGCCGGCUCUGUCCUUCAGCCAGCACAAGGAUUCAGCCGUGGGACUGGCGUCCGAAGAAGCCCCCGAGUCUUCCCAGCAGGAGGCGGAGCUGACCGGCGGGCCCGGGGAGGCGCAUCACAGCCUGCAGCUGAUACGGGAUGAGUUUUUAAUGAACAUCCAGAAAUUUGCAAAUAAUAUUCAAAAGACAGUGCAGCAACUGGAAGGGGAGAUUAAGCUGGAAAUGCCCAGCAUCAGUGUCGACAGAGAGGUGUCUGACCUGGCGGCCGACCUGGAGGCCGUGGAGAUCCUGGAGCAGUGUGUGAUAAACUGGCUGAAUCUGAUCUCUGCCGCGGUGGAGGCCCAGCUGAAGAAGACGCCUCAGGGCAAUGGUCCUCUGGCCGAAAUUGAAUUCUGGCAGGAGAGAAACGCAGCCCUGAGCGCCCUGCAUGAGCAAACGAGGCUUCCGGUCGUCAGGAAGGUCUUGGAUGUGAUCAGGGAAUCAGGUUCGAUGCUUGUGGCCAACCUGCAGCCAGUCUUAACCGAGCUAUUCAAGGUCCACAUGGAGGCCUCGGACAACGUGCGCUUUCUGUCCACUCUGGAGCGUCAUUUCAAGAACAUCACGCACGGGACUAGCUUUCACGUCGUCCUGGAGACCAUCCCCUCCAUGAUGAGCGCCCUGAGGAUCGUGUGGAUCAUCUCCCGGCACUACAACAAAGACAGGAGGAUGGUCCCGCUCCUGGAGCGCAUCGCCUGGGAAAUCGCCGAACGGGUCUGCAAGGUGAUCAACCUGCGGACUUUGUUCAAGGAGAAUCGGGCCAGCGCCCAGCACAAAACCUCGGAGGCCAGGAACACCCUGCUCACGUGGAAAAAGGCCUAUUUAGACACGAGGGCCAAGAUCGAGGCUUCGGGGAGAGAGGCUCGGUGGGAGUUCGAUCGCAAGCGGCUGUUCGAGCGCACGGACUACAUGGCCGCCAUCUGCCAGGAUCUCUGCGACGUCCUGCAGGUUUUGGAGGAAUUUUACAAUAUAUUUGGUCCAGAACUAAAGGCAGUGACGGGGGACCCCAAGCGCAUCGACGAUGUCCUGUGCAGGGUGGACAGCCUGGUCACCCCCAUGGAAAACCUGACCUUUGACCCCUUCAGCAUCCAGUGUUCCCAGCACUGGAGAUACGUGAUGGACGAGUUCAAGAUUGACGUUCUGGUUAUUGAGAAAGAAGCAAAACAUUUUAUUGAUGAAUCUUUUAAGACCCUUCGAUCAGCUGAAGCAGCGUUUGACAUGCUUUUAAAAUUUAAGCAUAUUCGUUCCCGGAAAGCUAUUAAUCGGCAAAUGAUGAUGAAAUUUAAUGAUAUCCUGGCGCAGUAUUGCAAAGAGAUCGACGUGGUGCAUAAGCUCUUCGUCCAGAACCUGGACAACCCGCCGCUGUGCAAGAACCACCCCCCGGUGGCAGGCGCCAUCUACUGGGAGCGCUCCCUGUUCUUGCGGAUCAAGCACACCAUCCUCCGGUUUCAGGAAGUGGAGGAGAUACUGGAGAGCGACCGAGGGAGAGAGGUGAGACAGAAGUACCUGGAAGUGAGCAAGACCAUGAAGGACUAUGAGGACAGGAAGUACGGGCUGUGGAAGGAGGGGACCGAGCAGGUGCUGCCGAGCCUCAUGAAGAGGAGUCUGCUCGCCAAGACUUCUACCGUCGUGGAUGACGCCGUGCACUGUGACAAGUGGGCUGUGUUUGUAAUCAACUUCUCACCGGCGCUCUGGGAGAUUAUCAGCGAAACAAAGUACUUGGAGCAGUUGGGGUUCCCUGUCCCUGAGUUAGCAAGAAAUGUCGCUCUCCAGGAGGACAAGUUUAUCAGGUACACGGACGGGAUGCAGCGCGUGCUGGACCAUUACCACGUGCUCAUGGAAACGUUAAACGAGGCGGAGGCGCUGCUUCUCGACGAUCACUCCCAGGAAUUGAUAAGAGUGUUUAGGACCGGAUACCGCAGGCUAAACUGGAACUCAUUGGGUAUCUCUGACUACAUAACUCGGUGCAAACAGGCCACUGCGAAAUUUGAGUCCCUUGUCCACCAGAUUAAAAAGAAUUCAGACGACAUUUCGUCCAGGUUGUCGUUAAUAGAGUCUGUAAAUCUCUUUAAAUAUCCAGCACCUAGAAGUGGGGAAGAACUCCCAGGCGUGAAGGAAUUCUUUGAGCACAUCAGUCAAGAAAGGGCCAAAGACGUGGACCACAUGGUCAGGUGGUAUCUUGCCAUUGGGCCUCUGCUGACCAAAGUCGAGGGUCUGGUCAUCCACACCAACACAGGCAAGGCCCCCAAGCUGGCCUCCUAUUACGAAUACUGGGAACAUAAAAUUUAUGACGUCUUGACAAAGCUCAUCCUGAAGAAUUUGCAGUCUUUUAAUUCUUUAAUCCUCGGAAAUGUUCCUUUGUUCCAAACGGACACCGUCCUGACGGCACCCGAGAUCGUCCUCCACCCCAACGCGAACGAGAUCGACAAAAUGUGCGUCCACAGCAUCCGACACUGCGUGGAGACCACCAAGCACUUUGUUCGCUGGAUGAACGGCAGCUGUAUCGAGUGCCCCCCCCAGAAGGGGGAGGAGGAAGAACUUGUUCAAAUAAGCUUUUACGACGACAUCUCCCUGAACCCUCAGAUAAUCGAGCAAGCUGUCAUGAUCCCCCAAAACAUCCACAGGAUCCUGGUCAGUCUUAUGAAGUACCUGCAGAAAUGGAAGCGGUACCGACCUCUCUGGAAACUGGACAAGGCCAUCGUGUUGGAGAAGUUCGCCGCCAAGAAGCCGCCUUGUGCCUCGUAUGACGAAAAGCUGCAGUUCUACUCCCGGAUCGCCCGCGAGGCCCUGCGCCGGCCGCUGACUAAGGACCAGCACUGCGUCCGGCUGCAGCUGGCGCCGCUGGCCACCGCGGUGCGGGAGAGCGCCCGGUCCUGGGUGGCCUCGCUCGGAAGGCUGCUCAACGAGUCCGCCAGGGAGGAGCUCGGUCACCUCCACGAAGAGAUAGAGAUCCUGGCCAAAAACCUGAAGAAGAGCCCCAGCACCCUUGAAGACCUCAAGUUUGUCCUUGCGACAAUUGCAGAGAUUCGAAGUAAAUCUUUGGUCAUGGAGCUGAGGUACAGGGAUGUCCAGGACCGAUACCACACCAUGGCGAUGUACAACCUCUUCCCUCCUGAUGCAGAGAAAGAACUGGCUGACAAUAUUGAAAACAUGUGGAAAAAUCUGUUCAACGACUCCAUAAACGUGGAGCACGCUCUUGGGAGCAUAAAGAGGACGUUCACAGAGAUUACUCGAGGUGAAAUACUGAACUACAGACAGCAGAUAGAGGAAUUUGCAAACCGCUUUUACAGUGAAGGCCCUGGUUCUGUUGGUGAUGAUCUUGAUAAAGGAGUAGAACUUUUAGCCAUUUAUGAAAAGGAGCUCAUGAGACAUGAAAAGAACCGCCAGGAGUUGGCUAACGCUGAGAAACUUUUUGAUCUUCCGAUUACAAUGUAUCCAGAGCUGCUCAAGGUGCAGAAGGAAAUGAACGGGCUGAAGUCCAUUUACGAGCUCUACGAAGCGCUCAAGGCUGCAAAAGAGGAAUGGUCUCAGACGCUCUGGAUCAACCUGAACGUCCAGUUCCUGCGGGAGGGGAUUGACGGCUUUCUCCGGUCCCUCAGGAAGCUGCCCCGGCAGGUCCGAAGCAUUGCCGUGGCCUUUCAGUUAGAGGCCAAAAUGAAGGCCUUCAAAGACUCCCUCCCUUUACUGCUUGACUUGAAGCACGAAGCACUCAGAGACAGGCACUGGAAAGAGCUUAUGGAAAAAACAGGCGUAGUGUUUGAAAUGACAGAGACGUUCACCUUGGAAAACAUGUUUGCCAUGGAACUUGACAAGCACACGGACGUCCUCAAUGAGAUCGUGACGGCGGCCAUCAAGGAGAUCGCCAUUGAGAAGGCUGUGAAGGAAACCCUGGACACGUGGGAGGCCAUGAAGUUCACCGUGGUCAAGUAUUUCAAAGGCGCACAGGAGCGGGGCUACAUCUUGGGGUCGGUUGACGAGAUUAUCCAGUGCCUGGAUGACAACAUGGUCAACCUGCAGAGCAUCUCGGGAAGCAGAUUUGUGGGGCCUUUUCUGCAGACCGUUCACAAGUGGGAGAAAACCCUUUCUCUGAUAGGGGAAGUCAUUGAGAUUUGGAUGCUGGUUCAGAGGAAAUGGAUGUAUCUUGAAAGCAUUUUUAUCGGUGGAGAUAUCCGGUCACAACUUCCAGAUGAGGCGAAGAAGUUUGACAACGUCGACAGAAUAUUUAAAAGGAUCAUGGGCGAGACCUUGAAGGACCCCGUGAUCAAGCGAUGCUGCGAGGCCCCGAACCGGCUCAGCGACCUGCAGAACGUCAGCGAGGGCCUGGAGAAGUGCCAGAAGAGCCUGACCGACUACCUGGACUCCAAGAGAAACGCUUUCCCGAGGUUCUUCUUCAUUUCCGACGACGAGCUGCUCAGCAUCCUCGGGAACAGCGACCCGCUGUGCGUCCAGGAGCACGUGAUCAAGAUGUAUGACAACAUAGCGCUGCUGAGGUUUAAUGACGGGGACAGCGGAGAAAAGCUGGUGUCGGCCAUGAUCUCGGCGGAGGGCGAAGUGCUGGAGUUCCGGAAGGCCGUGCGGGCCGAGGGCCGCGUGGAGGACUGGAUGACGGCCGUUCUGAAUGAGAUGCGGAGGACCAACAGGCUGGUCACCAAGGAGGCGAUUUUUAGAUACUGCGAAGGCAAGAGCAGAGUGGACUGGAUGCUCGUGUACCCGGGCAUGGUGGUGCUGGCCGCCAGCCAGGUGUGGUGGACGUGGGAGGUGGAGGACGUCUUCCGCCAAGUGCAGAAGGGGGAGAAGCAGGCCAUGAAGGACUACGGCAAGAAAAUGCACAAGCAGAUCGCCCAGCUGGUCACUCGGAUCACCACGCCCUUGAGCAAAAACGACAGGAAGAAAUACAACACGGUCCUCAUCAUCGACGUGCACGCCAGAGAUAUAGUCGAUUCCUUCAUAAGAGGCAGCAUUCUCGAUGCCCGGGAGUUUGAAUGGGAAAGCCAGCUGCGGUUUUACUGGGACCGGGAGCCGGAUGAGCUGAACAUCCGCCAGUGCACGGGCACCUUCGGCUACGGUUACGAGUACAUGGGCUUGAACGGGAGGCUGGUGAUCACGCCGCUCACGGACCGGAUUUACCUGACUCUUACUCAGGCACUGUCCAUGUAUCUGGGAGGGGCCCCUGCUGGCCCAGCAGGUACUGGCAAAACCGAGACCACCAAGGAUCUGGCCAAAGCCCUGGGUCUGCUCUGUGUCGUAACCAACUGCGGUGAGGGCAUGGAUUACAAGGCCAUCGGGAAGAUUUUCUCUGGCCUUGCCCAGUGUGGGGCCUGGGGCUGCUUCGACGAGUUUAAUCGAAUCGACGCCUCUGUGCUGUCGGUCAUCUCGUCCCAGAUUCAGACGAUCCGAAGCGCUCUGAUGCAUCAGCUGACCACGUUCCAGUUUGAAGGGCAUGAGAUCUCCCUGGACUCGAGAAUGGGCAUCUUCAUCACCAUGAACCCCGGCUACGCUGGCCGCACGGAGCUGCCCGAGUCGGUGAAGGCCCUCUUCAGGCCCGUGGUGGUGAUCGUGCCCGACCUGCAGCAGAUCUGCGAGAUCAUGCUCUUCUCAGAGGGCUUCCUCUGCGCCAAGACGCUGGCCAAGAAGAUGACCGUCCUCUACAAGCUGGCCCGGGAGCAGCUCUCCAAGCAGCACCACUACGACUUUGGGCUGCGAGCCCUGAAAUCCGUGUUGGUGAUGGCGGGGGGGCUGAAGAGAGGCUCUUCUGAACUUAAAGAGGAUGUGGUGCUGAUGCGGGCCCUUCGAGACAUGAAUCUGCCCAAGUUUGUCGCUGAGGACGUCCCUCUUUUCCUCGGUUUGAUUUCCGAUCUGUUUCCUGGACUAGACUGCCCGCGGGUUCGCUACCCCGAUUUUAAUGAUGCCGUGGAGCAGGUGCUGGAGGAGAGCGGCUACAUCGUCUUACCUGUGCAGGUGGAUAAAGUGGUUCAGAUGUUCGAGACCAUGCUAACCCGCCACACGACCAUGGUGGUGGGGCCCACGGGAGGGGGCAAGUCCGUGGUCAUUAAUGCCCUGUGUCAGGCCCAGACCAAGCUCGGGCUGAUGACGAAGUUGUACACCCUCAACCCCAAAGCCGUGAGUGUCAUAGAGCUCUAUGGCAUCCUGGACCCCACCACCCGAGACUGGACAGACGGGGUGCUGUCGAACAUCUUCAGGGAGGUCAACAGGCCGACGGAUAAGAAGGAGCGGAAGUAUAUUUUAUUUGAUGGUGACGUGGAUGCUCUGUGGGUAGAAAACAUGAAUUCCGUGAUGGAUGACAACAAGCUGUUGACGUUGGCCAACGGUGAGCGCAUUCGGCUUCAAGCGCACUGCGCUCUGCUCUUUGAGGUUGGAGAUUUGCAGUAUGCCUCUCCUGCAACUGUGUCUCGAUGUGGAAUGGUUUAUGUGGAUCCUAAAAACUUGAAAUAUCAACCCUACUGGAAAAGAUGGGUUAAUCGAAUACUAAACAAGGUAGAGCAAAGCCAUUUAGAGAGUCUCUUUGAGAAGUACGUGCCCCGUCUCAUCGACAUGAUAGUGGAAGGGAUGGUGGAUGGAAGACAGGGCGAGAAGCUGAAGACCAUCGUUCCUCAGACAGACCUAAAUAUGGUGACCCAGCUAACCAAGAUGUUGGACGUGCUCCUCGAAGGAGAAACAGAGGACCCAGACCUUCUGGAGUGCUACUUCUUAGAGGCCCUGUACUGUUCUCUGGGCGCCACUCUGCUCGAGGACGGAAGGAUUAAGUUCGACGAGUGUAUUAAACGCCUUGCUGCCUUGCCUUGCGCUGUUUCGGAAGGAGAGUGGGCCAACCCCGGGGAGCUGCCGGGUCACCUCCCGACCAUGUAUGACUUUCAUUUUGACUCCGCACGGAAGAAAUGGAUACCGUGGAAUAACUUAGUUCCUGAAUAUGUUCAUGUCCACGAGAGGAAAUUUGUUGACAUCCUGGUCCAUACGGUGGACACGACCCGCACCACCUGGAUGCUGGAGCAGAUGGUCAAGAUCAAGCAGCCAGUCCUUUUGGUGGGGGAAUCUGGCACCUCUAAGACAGCCACUACCCAGAACUUCCUCAAAAAUCUGAACGUGGAUAUUAAUAUUGUGUUAAUGGUCAACUUCUCCUCUCGCACCACGUCUUUGGAUAUCCAGAGAAAUUUGGAAGCAAAUGUGGAGAAACGAACCAAAGACACGUACGGCCCACCCAUGGGAAAACGCCUCCUGGUGUUCAUGGACGACAUGAAUAUGCCGAAGGUGGACGAAUACGGCACGCAGCAGCCGGUCGCUCUGCUGAAGCUGCUGCUGGAGAAGGGCUGCCUGUACGACCGCGGGAAGGAGCUGACCUGCAAGCACAUCCGGGACCUGGGCUUCAUCGCGGCGAUGGGAAAGGCCGGCGGAGGCCGCAACGAAGUGGAUCCCAGAUUUAUUUCGCUGUUCAGCGUCUUCAACGUACCGUUUCCUUCCGAGGAGUCUUUGCAUUUAAUUUAUUCCUCCAUUCUGAAAGGCCAUGCCUCGGUGUUCCACGAAAGCAUCGUGGCCGUGAGUGACCAGCUGACCUUCUGCACGCUGGCGCUUUACAAAAGCAUCGUGCAGGACCUGCCGCCCACGCCGUCCAAGUUCCAUUACAUCUUUAACCUGCGGGACCUCUCGAGGGUUUUCAACGGUCUCGUCCUCACUAAUCCAGAGCGGUUCCAGAGGGUGACCCAGAUGGUGAGAGUCUGGAGAAACGAGUGUCUGAGGGUCUUCCACGACCGAUUAAUCAAUGAAACAGACAAGCAGCUGGUACAAGAGCACAUAGGAAACUUGGUUCUGGAACAUUUCAAUGACGACGUGGAGGCGGUGAUGAGGGACCCCAUCCUGUUUGGAGACUUCCGCACGGCCCUGCAGGAGGAGGAGGCCCGCAUGUACGAAGAUAUUCAGGAUUACGAGGCGGCCAAGGCUCUGUUCCAGGAGAUUCUUGAGGAGUAUAACCAGAACAACACCAAGAUGAACUUGGUUCUCUUCGACGACGCCCUGGAGCACCUGACCCGUGCGCACCGCAUCAUCCGCAUGGACCGCGGCCACGCCCUGCUGGUGGGGGUGGGGGGCUCAGGGAAGCAGUCUCUGGCCAGGCUGGCCGCCUUCACUGCCGGCUACGAGGUGUUUGAGAUCCUCCUGAGCAGAGGCUACUCCGAGAGCAACUUCCGGGAGGAUCUGAAGAACCUUUAUCUCAAACUCGGGACCGAGAACAAAACGAUGAUCUUCCUGUUCACGGACGCGCACGUGGCCGAGGAGGGCUUCCUGGAGCUCAUCAACAACAUGCUGACGUCAGGGAUCGUGCCUGCGCUCUUCCCGGAAGAGGAGAAGGAGUCUAUCCUCGGUCAGAUUGGACCAGAAGCUCUGAAGCAAGGGACGAGCCCGGCCAAGGAGUCCGUGUGGCAGUACUUUGUGAACAAGAGUGCAAAUAACCUGCACGUUGUCCUGGGCAUGUCGCCGGUGGGGGACACCCUGAGGACGCGGUGCAGAAAUUUCCCAGGUCUCGUAAAUAACACCGGUAUCGACUGGUUCCUGCCCUGGCCCUCUCAAGCCCUGCAGGCGGUCGCUAAGUCAUUUCUAGGGAGUAAUCCGAUGAUCCCAGUGGAAAACAUAGAUGGUGUGGUGGAGCACGUUGUUUUGGUCCACGAGUCCGUGGGUGAAUUCAGCAAACAAUUUCUACAGAAACUGAGGCGUAGCAACUAUGUAACUCCCAAAAACUACCUUGAUUUUAUUAACACAUAUUCAAAAUUAUUGGACGAGAAAACUCAGUAUAACGUAGCUCAGUGCAAGCGUCUGGAGAGGGGGCUGGACAAGCUGAAGGAGGCCACCAUCCAGCUGGACGAGCUGAACCAGAAGCUGGCCGAGCAGAAGGUGGUGCUGGCGGAGAAGUCGGCCGCCUGCGAGGCCCUGCUGCAGGAGAUCGCCACCAACACGGCCAUAGCCGAAGAGAAGAAGAAGCUCGCAGAAGAGAAAGCCAUGGAGAUAGAAGAACAGAACAAGGUCAUCGCGGUGGAGAAGGCCGAGGCCGAGGCGGCCCUCGCCGAGGUCAUGCCCAUCCUGGAGGCCGCCAAGCUGGAGCUGCAGAAGCUGGACAAGUCCGACGUGACCGAGAUCAGGUCCUUUGCGAAGCCCCCCAAACAGGUGCAGACGGUGUGUGAGUGCAUCCUCAUCAUAAAAGGGUACAAGGAACUCAACUGGAAAACCGCCAAAGGCAUGAUGUCCGACCCUAAUUUCCUGAGGUCUCUGAUGGAGAUUGACUUUGAUUCAGUUACCCAGGGCCAAGUUAAAAACAUUAGAGGCCUCUUGAAGACUCUCAAUACCACAAUUGAAGAAAUGGAAGCUGUGAGCAAAGCAGGCUUGGGGAUGCUGAAGUUUGUGGAAGCCGUGAUGGGCUACUGUGAUGUUUUCCGAGAAAUCAAGCCCAAAAGAGAGAAGGUGGCCAGGCUGGAGCGGAACUUUUACCUCACUAAACGCGAACUAGAAAGGAUCCAGAAUGAGUUGGCAGUGAUCCAGAGUGAGCUGGAGGCUCUGGGGGCCAAAUACGAGGCAGCCAUUCUGGAAAAGCAGGAGCUGCAGAAAGAAGCCGAAAUCAUGGAGAGGCGGCUGAUCGCUGCUGACAAGCUCAUCUCCGGGCUGGGCUCCGAGAACAUCAGGUGGCUGAACGACCUGGACGAGCUGAUGCACCGGCGGGUGAAGCUGCUGGGCGACUGCCUGCUCAGCGCAGCUUUCCUGAGCUACGAGGGCGCCUUCACGUGGGAAUUCCGUGACCAGAUGGUCAACGAGGCGUGGCAGACAGAUCUCCUGGAGCGGGAGAUCCCCCUGAGCCAGCCCUUCCGGUUAGAGAGCCUGCUCACGGACGAUGUGGAGAUCAGCAGGUGGGGAUCCCAGGGACUGCCCCCCGAUGAGCUCUCGGUUCAGAACGGCAUCCUUACCACCCGGGCCAGCCGGUUCCCCCUCUGCAUCGACCCCCAGCAGCAGGCCCUCAACUGGAUCAAGAGAAAAGAGGAGAAAAAUAACUUGCGGUCUGAGGGCGCCGUCUGCCUGGGGCUCGGCUCGCCUACCUGUGCGCCGUCUCUCAGCCAGGCGGAGCUUGACGUCACGCUGAAGGGGCUGGAGGACCAGCUGCUGAGCGUGCUGGUGGCCUACGAGAGGCGCGAGCUGGAGGAGCAGCGGGAGCACCUCAUCCAGGAGACGAGCGAGAACAAGAACCUGCUGAAGGACCUGGAAGACUCCCUCCUUCGGGAACUGGCGACCUCCACGGGCAACAUGCUGGACAACGUGGAGCUGGUGCAGACCCUGGAGGAGACCAAGUCCAAGGCCAUGGAGGUAUCGGAGAAGCUCAAGCUGGCAGAGAAGACGGCCUUGGACAUCGACAGGCUGCGGGAUGGCUACCGGCCGGCCGCCAGGAGGGGGGCCAUCCUGUUCUUCGUGCUGUCCGAGAUGGCCCUGGUGAACGCCAUGUACCAGUACUCCCUCAUCGCCUUCCUGGAUGUGUUUGGCUUGUCACUUAAGAAGUCGCUGCCCGAUUCCAUUCUCAUGAAGCGACUAAGGAACAUUAUGGACACACUGACCUUCAACAUCUAUAACUAUGGUUGCACAGGGCUGUUUGAGAGGCACAAGUUACUCUUCUCUUUCAAUAUGACGGUCAAGAUAGAGCAAGCAGAAGGCAGAGUCCCGCAGGAAGAACUGGAUUUCUUCUUAAAAGGAAACCUCUCCCUGGAGAAGAGCCCCCGGAAGAAGCCCUGUACUUGGCUGCCCGACCAGGGAUGGGAAGACAUCAUGCUUUUAUCAGAAAUGUUCUCAGACUCCUUCGGGAAUCUUCCUGAUGAUGUCGAGAAACAUCCAGCCGUCUGGCAGGAGUGGUACGACCUGGACUCCCUCGAGCAGUUUCCAUUCCCCUUGGGCUACGGUGACAGCAUCACCCCUUUCCAGAAGUUGCUUAUUCUGCGCUGUUUCCGUGUGGAUCGGGUGUACCGGGCGGUGACGGACUAUGUGACUCUAACCAUGGGAGAGAAGUACGUGCAGCCCCCGAUGAUCAGCUUCGACGCCAUCUUUGAGCAGAGCACUCCGAACUCGCCCAUUGUGUUCAUCCUCAGUCCCGGCUCCGACCCUGCCACUGACCUUAUGAAGUUAGCCGAGCGCAGUGGUUUUGGAGGAAACCGCCUCAAAUUCCUCGCUAUGGGUCAAGGUCAAGAAAAGCUGGCCCUGCAGCUGCUGGAGACGGCGGUGGCUAGAGGGCAGUGGCUGAUGCUGCAGAACUGUCACCUCCUGGUCCGCUGGCUGAAAGAUCUGGAGAAGUCCCUGGAGAGGAUCACCAAACCCCACCCGGACUUCCGCCUGUGGCUCACCACAGACCCCACCCAGGGCUUCCCCAUUGGGAUUCUGCAGAAGUCCCUGAAGGUUGUGACGGAGCCGCCCAACGGGCUGAAACUCAACAUGAGAGCGACUUACUUCAAGAUCUCUCCUGACAUGCUGGAGCAGUGUCCGCACCCCACCUUCAAGUCCCUGGUCUACGUGCUGGCGUUCUUCCACGCCGUGGUGCUGGAGAGGAGAAAGUUCGGGAAGAUCGGGUGGAACGUGUACUAUGACUUCAACGAGUCUGACUUCCAGGUCUGCAUGGAGAUUCUGAACACGUACUUAACAAAAGCCUUCCAGCAACACGACCCUAGGAUCCCGUGGGGCAGCCUCAAGUACCUGAUUGGAGAGGUCAUGUAUGGGGGACGGGCCAUCGACAGCUUCGAUCGGCGCAUCCUGACCACCUACAUGGACGAGUACUUGGGAGACUUCAUUUUUGACACUUUCCAGCCAUUCCACUUCUUCCGGAAUAAGGAGGUGGACUAUAAAAUCCCCACCGGUGAUGUGAAAGAAAAAUUUGUUGAAGCCAUUGAGGCCCUCCCACUGGCCAACACACCUGAAGUGUUUGGUCUCCAUUCCAAUGCUGAGAUUGGAUAUUACACCCAUGCGGCUCGUGACAUGUGGGCCCACCUGCUGGAGCUGCAGCCUCAGACGGGGGAGUCCGGCAGCGGCAUCAGCCGAGAUGAUUACAUUGGCCACGUUGCCAAGGACAUAGAAAACAAGAUGCCCAAGACCUUUGAGUUGGACCAGGUCAGGAAGCACCUCGGGGUGGGAAUCUCCCCCACUUCAGUGGUGCUUCUGCAGGAGCUGGAGCGCUUCAACAAGCUCGUCACACGCAUGUCCAAGUCUCUGGCCGAACUGCAGAGGGCCUUGGCUGGAGAAGUUGGGAUGAGCAGCGAGUUGGAUGACAUCGCCAGGUCUCUCUUCCUCGGACAAAUCCCUCACAUCUGGAGAAAGCUGGCCCCUGACACGUUAAAGUCCCUUGGAAACUGGAUGCUCUACUUCCUGCAGCGGUUCAGCCAGUACACGUUGUGGGUUACUGAGGGCGAGCCCAGUGUGAUGUGGCUCUCAGGCCUGCACAUCCCAGAAUCCUACCUCACGGCCCUGGUGCAGGCCACCUGCCGGAGGAACGGCUGGCCGCUGGACCGCUCCACCUUGUUCACGCAAGUCACCAAGUUCCAAGAUGCAGAUGAAGUGAACGAGCGGGCAGGAGAAGGGUGCUUUGUGUCAGGACUGCAUCUCGAAGGCGCGGACUGGGAUGUAGAAAAAGGAUGUCUCCUCAAGAGCAAACCCAAGGUGCUGGUGGUCAACCUGCCGAUUCUGAAGAUCAUCCCCAUCGAAGCCCAUCGCCUCAAACUGCAGAACACCUUCCGGACGCCAGUCUACACCACCUCCAUGAGAAGGAAUGCCAUGGGAGUCGGCCUGGUGUUUGAGGCCGAUCUCUUCACCACGAAGCACAUCUCUCACUGGGUGCUACAGGGGGUGUGCCUCACCCUGAACUCCGAUUAGCCCUUUGGGUGAGGGAACCCGCACCGCGAUCGCCGUCUGCCCGUGGGGUCUCGGGAGGCUGCAGCUGGACUGAGCUGAGAGUCCUUUCACUUGAAACCAGCCCUUUUAAUCUCUCUCCAUAUAAAUGAAGCUUUUUUUUUUUAAAGUGGUUUAAGGAUUCUGUGUAUUUGAAAAGUAAA